ACACGCUUGUUACCCGCUGUCUGUCUGUAGGUGCUUGGCCUGUUCUCCCAGGGGUGUCGGCUUGGCUGGGUGCACAGGGCUUCCAACUGGGUGUCACAUCCAGGGAUUUGAAGAUACAUUUUUAGAGAAAUUCAAAUGAGUACUUCCAACGAGCACAGAGAAAGGGAUGUUUUCUUUAAUAUCUGUCUGUGCUGGUCUUGUUUCCUCUUUGAUUUUUUUUUACUUUUAUUUUUUUAAUUUUUGGAGGAAAUGUUACAAGCCAGUGGCGGAGUGCUACUGAGAGGAGAAAGGAGAGAGAGAGACAUUUUCAUAAAGAAGUUUUGAACACUCCUCUGCCCUGCAAAGAGCAAAAUCUGCAUGAAACUCAACAAUAAUCUUUUUUUUUUUUUGAAAAUUAAACUUACCUGUGACCUUUUUUUUUUUUUUUUUUAAAGGUGCUAUAUGCAAGAAAUUGCUAUUGCUACAUAGCUAACAUUAGCAUGUGUGUUUACUUACCAGGCUAGAAGAAACAUUGUGAGUUCAACAUCAAACUUCAUUCCUCUACUCACCAAGAGCUGUCUCCAAAGAGCAACACCAACUUUAACUCUGGUGACUCAGUGACUCACUAUUGCCUCUUGAGGCACAAAGCGGUAUUACGAGCUAGGACAGGCUUUGGCUAGCUGGUUAGCACGCUAACUUGGGUAGAUAUCUCUGCGACACCAUACAGAGACGUCUUUGACUUUACAUUAAAAAUGUAAAUUCUUCACAUUCUGUUGAUAAUUUGAGUUAACAUUUGAAUGUUGUAACUAAAAUACCACAUAUAGCACCUUUAACCUUUUUAUAAGUCACCACAGGUUGCAGCUUUUUGCCUCUGUAGGGCAGCUACGUCUGAGCACAGAUAUCUGACUAAAGGUUGAGCGGGGCCAGAGAAGACGUGUUUUUAAAGCGAUACGAGUUUGGUCGCACUUUUAGAAGAGCUUUGUACACAUUUUAAGAAUUUUUUUUUUUCUUUUUGUUUUUACAGGUUAAUUUUCUGUUGCUAUUGUGUUGUUUUUUGUUUUCUACAUUUGAACUAGUGUACUGUAGUUCUUGAAAAUUAUUUUAAAGGAGAUGCUAUUAAUAAUUCAACAUUAACACCUGUAUGUAGAGUUGCCAAGUUGUGUAAAAAAAAAAAUUUACAAAAAAGAGAAAAGUGGAGACAUGGUUAGCUGUAAAAUAGUUUAGAGAAAGAGAACCACAUAUUUUUGCAUUGCGAUUGUUGUAUGACUGAGGUGCUGCAGGUGGGAGGGGUGAGGGUUGGGGUUUUAAUGCUGGACCAGAUGUUUGGUUUUUACUGUGCUGCAGCUGUGGUCGGGGCAGGAUCAGGGACUGCAGAAAGCAGACGGACAGACCGACUGAUAAACGGAUGGACAGUUGAGGUUUGCUUUCGGGCUCACUUCAUUUAAAGGCUACAACUCUGAAUGUCUGUUUAAAAAAAUAAAACAAAUCUUCAUGGAAAAAUCUUUCUCUAUUGUCUUGUGACAAUUCAAAGACAUUUCUUAACUAAGUUUGCAAAAACUUCCAUUAGAAAUCUACCCAAAGUAAGUUUACUUGACCUGGUUCCUGGACCAGCUUUUCCACAAAGAAUAAGCUACUGCUGCUUGAAUGUCUUUUUUUUUCUUUAGACGCCACCUGGUGGCUAAAGUCAGCUACUGCAACUCAGAGAGGGGGGGGGCUCAGCAGCUGCAGUAACUGCCAGUGCCACCAUAGGGCGGGAUCCCAAGAAGCAGUGAUCCUACACAAGCUACGAUGGUAAAGAAAUAGUCUCGAUCACUGUAUUCAUCCAAGCACCUUAACAGCAGACCGCCGGAGGCUCCUGCUGCUCAUUUUACAAAUCAGACACAAGACAAAGCCACCAAAACGUCCACCGCUCGUGGGCCAAGAUGCCAAAUAAAGUUGUCAGCAGAUUGAAAGUUGCUGGCGUGACUUCCAAAAGAAAAGAGCCGUUUGAGCUUCGACUCGUCCGUCCACACGUUUGUCCGUCUGCUUUUCACUCCUGGUCUCCGCCUCGGCCACCGAUCCACAGAGAGGAACAAAAGUGACAAGGAGAGAGUGGAAUAAUCUUUUUAAAAAAAAAAGCACCUUUGGGCGAGCGCUCAACUGUCCCCGGAGAGCCAAAGCCCUCUGCACCUUUCCAAGCACACUCACUAUGUCACUUCCUGUCUGUGGGUUGGAUGCUGGUGUCAGAAGUGGGACUGUUUUUUUGGGGGGUUGGAAAUCGAGAUGUAAUGUGAGGGUUCUUUUUGUAAGUUCCUUAUUUUUGUUGUUUUUAUUAUUUUGUACUAUUAUUCCCUUUUUUUAUUUUGUACGUUUGUUUUCUCUUCUCUCUCUUUAUGACAUUUGUUGUUUACUGUAAAAAAUGAUGAUGAUGAUGAUGAUGGUAAUGUGCCCAUCGACCUGUCUCCCCCCAGUCGGGAAGCGGGAGCGUAGACUGUGCAAACUCGCCUAUGUGCGGGCUGUGAGAGGAGGAGUUAAAGGGGGGGUGCGGGGUGGGGGGGGGGGAGUAUCGGUUAAAAGUAUGAAAGUUGGAGCUGAUUCAAACAGGGUUCCUACACAAAUCUGGAAAUUGGCAGGAAGUGAAAUGUGAUCAUUCACACAGCAAGCAUUUGAUGGUUCACUGGUUCAGCGUCGACCCAAACACUCACACAACAGAUUAUUGAAAGAUUAUUGAUAAAUUCUCUUUAGAAACCUCUUUUGACCGAUGAUCAUCAGGCAGAUGUUUCGUCUAUGAUUUCAGAAUCGAUGAAGGAAGCGAAGAUGGACGACUUUGUCCUUUCCACUGUCAGUUCCGUCAAAAUGCUUGUGGUGUUUGACUUUAACUGUCAUAUUUAUUGCAUGGAGAAAUGUAUGACACAUGUCCUUUUCUUUUUUUGUUUUGUUUUUCUUAACAAAUAUUUGAAUCCAGUCAAAGUGUUAAAGGAAAGAUCCGCCCUCAAACACUUUUAUUAUUAUAUUAGUGUUAAAAAUCACUGGUGUCUCUCCCUUAAAGCUGUUGCAUUGUAUAUUUUGGACACUAGGUGGCAGUGCAACAAGUGGUAGCCACAACACUGACACAUUACCACCUUAUUAAGUCGUCAUGACGGACUUGUCAGCAAACUGUUGCCUAUUUACAUAUCCAGCUAACAACAUAAGCAUUUAUAUGGCAUCAUGUUUCUGGCCUCCUGAUGAAUGUAAAUCCAACGUUUCCUCUCCUUUUAGCUCCGUUGUGGUCUCCACCAACUCCAGUGGGAAAUAUCUGUUGGUUCAGCAGCUGUUUGGUCCUGGUCAGAUGGUUUUCAUCUGGGCUUUUUUUUUUUAUCUUUUAAACAGCUACUUUCAGCUGCUGGAAACAGGUUUGAUCAGAGAGACUGAAACUUUAAACCAAAGCAAUGAGCUGAAAGAUGCUAAAAUGCUAUGUAGAGCUGAAGGAAACUUGGGUACGAGUGAUGUGUCUCAAAUUUAUACAAUAACGGACGAAAAGCAAAGGCUUCUCUCAAAAUCUACCAUUUUAUAUGAACUGUAGUCUCGCAAAAUCAGAAUACGAAGCGGACAUAAUACAGGUUAUGGAAGGCCAGUGCAUUCUGGAAAGUGUAGGAAAUAAGUUUCAACACUUUCACACCAGUGUAACUUUGUAAGAGGGUGGAUCUUUCCUGUGUAGGGACCCUGCUGAAAACCUGGAGGAAUGUCGGGAGUCGUGUCGUUAUGUGUAUAAAAACUGGCUAAACUUGAGAACACCAGAACGAGGGAAGUGGAUGCGAGACUCUUUGGAAUCAAGAUUGUGAUCCUGAGGUGAAUCCUCAUCGUUUAUCUCUCCCUCUCCAUCCCUUCCUCUCCGCCCAGCCACCUUCUUCCUCUUCCUCCUCCUCUUCUUCCUCGGCGCUGCGGCUUGACCUCAUCAACCCCCUCGCCCAACUCCCCCCCCCCCCCCCACCCCGCUCCUCAAGCUCCGCGUCUCUUUAUCCUGCUGUGUGCAGGUCUGUAGUCUUCUAUCCAGAAACAUUUACUCCGCUCUUUCCCAAAUCCCCACACACCAGAGACAACACACACUCUCUCACACACAUAUAUAUAUAUAUAUAUUUAUAUAUAUAUAAUGUAUAUGUAUACAUGAAUACAAAACGGGCAAACCUCUGAGAUGCAGAAGCUCGCGCACACACCUGCACGCUCUCAGGAUGUGUUGCAGGAAUGCGCGUCUUCGUGUCACUGAUGCAGUUUUAAAAAAAAAAAAAAAGAAAAGAUAUAAAAAAAAAAAAAAAAAAAAGUACCAGUUUACCUCGGGAGCUCUCAGCCAUAGCAGACCUUAAUCCCUACAGAUAUCUCAGCGCUGCGAGCAGCUUCUGAACUGCUGUGGCUGCCGUUACAAAGCAGGUACAUACUUUUUUUUGUUUUUCAGGAACAAACCCGGGAGCCUCAGCAGAGCGCUCUCGGACCAUUUGAAUGCAUACAGUGCAGGGUUUUUACAGAAAACGGGACACAAGCCGAGAGUCCAUGUCAACACAGUCUUACCUCAGAAUCAUACUACAGUACGGGGGUGGGGGGGCAGGGCUUACAUAUAUGAUCAUAGCAACCGUGAAUGACUAUUUUUUAUUCCUUGUCUCUGGUGGUGUUGGGUGAGAAUACUCUGCAGAACUCUUCUUUUUCUUGUUAUUUUCCACUAUAAAUAUAUAAAUAUAUAAACUGUACAUUAUGACAUAGAAGCACUAUGGAAGUUUGAUUGUUAGAUGUGCACUCGCAGCAUGAGGUAUUAUUCUUUAUUAUUCUUCAUAUCUCAGAAAAAUGAAAAAGUUAAAUAACAGCUUUUGGAAGUAAAGGAAAAAAACGGAUUAAAAAAAAAUAACAGAUUAAAACAAUGCAGUAGCGUCUACUGAUGUCAAAGAAAAAUACCCAACCUCACCCCACCACACACACACACACACACACACACACACACACGCACACACACACACACGAACAAAAACAUGCGCCCCAGACCUUUACCCCAGCCCUGCUGUGUUACCCCGCCCUGCCCCCAACCAUCCAAUACAUGACCCUGAUGACCCUUCGCGCCACCCCACUCUGCCCCCCCUCCCGGCCCCGCCCCACCCCGCCCCGUGUACAUGCCAGUGUUUUCCCCCAUGUGUUCCAAGUGCCAAUAACUUUGUGAAUUCCUAACUGUGACCCAGUAAUAAAGAUAAUUGCACAUUAACUACUGUAAAGAGAAAAAGAAACCAGACUGAUUAAAAUGAGGAAAAAAUCUGAAUAUCUUAAUAAAAGGUUUGUAACAAACAGGACUGACCUUA